GAGUCCUCUCCUCCCCUUCGGGGACACCUAAAAGCGACGCCGCGUCGGUUCCGGGUUACGCGCUGGAGCUCAGCGGGUGGCGGCCCUGCCGAAUCCGAGCCCGGAGUCCCAGGCCUCCUCCCGCCCAUGGGGGAGGGCCAAAAGAAAAUAGGCACCAAUCGGGAUGUACACUUGGAAGACGUUCACCCUCUGGGCCAGUAGGAAGGAGGAGGGCGGGGCCAAGGGGGCCGUUCGCUCUUCGGGUUUAAAUCUGGGCGGCCGGGCGGUUAACGGCAGCCUGGGCGCGUUGCGGGCCGUGCGCCUGCGCGAGCUGUGGGACGCUAACCGAAACCUGCGGUACUACGCUAGCGGGGUGGUGGGAGUCGGUGAGGCCGUUGGACGUCCGCUGGAUCGAAGGUCCUACAGUGUAGGGGAAGCAGUGGAGGAACUUAUGAGACCUGAUGGACAAAAAUGGGCCAAUAUGGAUCCAGAAGAACGAAUGUUAGCAGCUGCUACAGCUUUUACCCGUAUCUGUGCAGGGCAGGGUGAGGGAGAUGUCAGGAGAGCAUUCCAGUCCAUCCCAUAUGAUCCCUACAGUAAAGCCUCAGUAACCCCAGGAAAGCGACCUGCUCUUCCUGUGCAAUUGCAUUACCCACAUAUAGAAAGCAAUGCCUCUUCAGAAGCAGUCUCAGAGGCCUCCCAAAGACUCCGAAAGCCCGUGAUGAAGAGAAAGGUGCUGCGUCGAAAGCCAGGUGGGGAAGUACUAGUGACGGAUGAGUCGAUCAUCAGUGAAUCAGAGUCUGGUACAGAAAGUGACAUGGAUGUCUGGGACUUAAGACAAAGGCUGAUGAAUCUGCAGUUCCAGGAUGACAGGGAAUCUCCAGUUGAUAUUUCACAAAAAUUUAGUCUACCACGUGAAUACCAAGGAAUUUCUCAAGAUCAGCUCAUCUGCUGUCUACGAAGAGAAGAAAUGGGCCCUCCAGCUUAUGAACAAGACCUGAUCGUUGCCAGCCGACCCAAGUCCUUUAUUCUCCCAAGGCUGGACCAGUUGAGCCGAAACCGGGGCAAGGUAGACCGGGUAGCCCGCUAUUUUGAGUAUAAACGAGACUGGGACUCGAUGCGGUUACCUGGUGAAGAUCAGAGGAAGGAAUUACGCUGGGGUGUCCGAGAGCAGAUGCUUUGUCGUGCAGAACACCAAUCCAAGCCUCAGCACAUAUAUGUUCCAAACAAUUACCUAGUACCAACGGAGAAGAAACGAUCUGCCCUUCGUUGGGGUGUUCGUUGUGACCUUGCAAAUGGUGUGAUGCCCAAGAAGCUUCCCUUCCCUUUUUCUCCUUCUUAAGUCUUUUUUUUUUUUUUUUUUUAACCUGUCUCUCCUUUCACAGCAUUGUUUGGGAUAACCUGGUUCUUAACCUCUCUCCUUUUACUUAAAUACAAACAACUAACUCAAAAGACCAUGGAACACAGAGUAAGGACUUCACCCAUCACUGGUCCUUCCUAGGUGUAUGUCACAUUGGUAUCGGAUACCACUUAACUUCCAAAUUACCACUCAUAUCUAGCAAUUGCAAGAGGAAUCAUGCCAGAAAAAGAAAAACAGACCUGGUCUUUCUGUUUUGUCAGACUAGUAAGCAAAGCCAGCACUAUUUCUGUUUUAUAAACUUGUUACCUUUGGCUAGUGUGAGUUGCUGUUUUUAUGAGUGUGUUUUUAAAGUUGCUGGGCAGUAA